UAGGAGCCCAAACUUUCCAGUAGCACCACAGGCGGCUGCUGCACAAAGACAGGCUGAAAGAGGGACAGCUAGAUGAAUAAAAAUUAAAAGAGAAGAAAAUUUAUUCAAGCUAACAUUCAGCUCUCCUAAAAUAUUUAAACUUUGUGCAUUUUUUUCUUUUCAAGUUUUAUAUUUAUAUUUUUAUUGAAGAGGGCUUUUGUGUGAAAAAAAGAGAAAAUGACGAGUCUGCUGUGCAUCACAAUAAUCUCCCUGAGCCUGGUUGCCAGUCCAUACAGUCAGGUGACAAGCUCUCCCUCACCAGCAGCAGUUAAGGUUUUUGCUGACCUAGGUGACAACGUCACCCUGCCCUGCAGGCUCCUGUCCCAGGACCCCUUGUCCUUUGGUAGCCUUGGUAUCCGUGUCAAAUGGACCAAGGUGGCAGAUGAUGAAGCACUGAAUGAGAAUGUGUUGCUUUCAAUGGGAUUCCACAAGAAGACCUAUGGAAGCUUCGAGGACCGUGUCUUUUUGCAGGAGCAUGACAGCGAAGAUGCCUCCAUAGUAAUAACUGACGUCUCCAUGGAAGACAUGGGAAAAUACCGCUGUGAGAUCAUCAAUGGGGUGGAAGACACCAACCAAGAGAUUACCCUGGAAGUGCAAGCUGGUCUCACUGAUGGUGUUGUGUUUCCAUUCGCCGCUCCCGGUUUUGGCCGCUACAACCUGAACUUUUCUGAUGCUGUACAGGCCUGUGCGGAACAGAAUGCUGUGGUCGCUAGCCGUGACCAGCUGUUUGAGGCCUGGAAGGCUGGCCUAGACUGGUGCAAUGCUGGCUGGCUAAGUGAUAGCACAGUGCAGUACCCCAUCACCAAACCCAGAGAGCCUUGUGGUGGCACCAACAAUGGGCCUGGCCUCAGAAGCUAUGGCCGCCGUGACAAACAGAACCGCUAUGAUGUGUUCUGCUAUGCCUCUGCACUCAAGGGUCGUUUCUAUUGGCUGGUCCAACCUGACAGGCUGACCUUUGAAGAGGCUAUGCAGGCAUGCUUUGACGAUGGUGCAGAGAUUGCCAAGGUGGGCCACAUAUAUGCCGCCUGGAAGCUUGAGGGCUAUGAUCGCUGCGAUGCUGGCUGGUUGGCUGACGGAAGUGUCCGCUACCCCAUCUCCAGGCCCCGCAAGAACUGCAGCCCCACAGAAGCUGCAGUGCGCCUUCAUGGAUACCCAGACAAAAUGCAAAAGUCCUACGGCGUCUACUGCUUCAAGGCUGAGCAGUGAGGAGGUAGAAGUAGGGAGGCCAUAACCACCAAAGAGCAGCAACAACCACAACCAUUAAAUUCAACAAUAAAGCAUACAAGCUUUGGAUCUUAACAAGCAUAAACUCAAUACCUUUCUGAAACUGUGAUAACCCUUUUUAACGCCUAAAAACAAAUACUGUACAUCUUACAUCCAUAUGUAAUGAAUGACAAAAUAUUUUGUAGCCAUUAAGUUCUGUUUUUCUCUAACUGUGCAUUCAUCAAUUUUACACAGACUAUUAGGGAAAAGGCAACAGUGUUAAUGUAUGAGUGAUGUGACAGAGACAAGAGCUUGAUGGUUGUCUAACAUCAUCUAAGUUUGGUUUGUCCUCCACAGAAUGAUUAGAUGUGUGAAAUUCAAGAUUUAGAGCAUUUAUGCUCAUGUGCAGAUGAUAUUUGCCGCUCUAAAAUUUGUCUAAAGAAUGAAACAAUGUGAUAUUUUAUGCAUUUAUCACAUCAGUGAAGGACCUCAGAUUGAUUACUGAGUCAUGAAGAUAACCUGGCUACCACUGUUAAGCUAUGGAUAUAUACAUGUUAUAUUGCAGAAAGUAUUCCACGGGAUUCCUCUCUAAUCAGAGUUGAAAGUUAAACUGCCAAAAGGUUUUUCAACCUGAGAAGUUGAGAUCAAAUUUACUGUUUAACAAGAAAAUGAAUGUAAAUGUCUUGAUGGACUGUGACCUAUUCUGCAUUGAUAGCUCCCAUUAGAUCAACUCCCAAUUACAUUUUAAAAGAUAUUUUUUAUUAUUGUAACCUUAUGUUUGUUUAUUUUAACAAAAUUUAGUUUUUUUUACUUUUUUAAUAAUGUAUGUCACUAUAGUUUUUUACAUUAUAGUGUUCUUUUUUAAAGAAGAUAAAUACAGAUUCUGUCACUUGUAGAUGUUUUUGUGAAGUGUAGUUUAAAGACAAUUUACAUUUGGCACAUACAAAACAGCAAGUUUUCACUUAGAUAGUGAAUGUAGAAUAAGUAGAGAUUUUCCCCUUUUGCCCUUUAACAUAACCUUUUAUCAAAACAUAAACCUGAUUGCCUAACAGUAGCGAUUCCCCAAGAUUGACACCUAAUAUUACAGUAAUCACAAGUAUAACAAAAAAUGUAUGGGCUGAUAUCUUCUCUGACCGCAGUUUCUUACUAAGGUUAUUAGCUAUUAAUGAUACAUUUCCCCUGGCAGUUUAUUCUGGCAAAGACCUGAGUAAUACUGUCAAUCUCUUACACUAAAUAGGGAUUCAUUAAUAGUCAUGCAAGUGGCUGGAUCUGAAAAAGCAUCCUAAUAGUUUUCUGUGGACCACAGUGAGCAUGUUAACAGAUCUAAAGGCUGCAAGCAGAAGAUAGCACCUGUUUUAGAUAUCAGCUACAAAAAUAAGUUGAUAUUUAGCAUUUUGCUUUUGUUACAUUAUCCCUUCAUACCUUUUCUAACCCUUAGCACUGACAUGUGGUACUUACUGCAGGUUACAUGUGGUAAUAUGGUGAUGCAUUGUUUGUAAAAGCAAAAAAUGUCUGUUACACAGUAUUUUUGUAUCUUAUCGCCAUGUACCUUUUUCAACAAAGCAGUUUGAAAUAAAGAAUACAACCUUUAAAUCAA